UGGGAGACUCCCUCUGGCCUAGGAGCACAUACACUGCCCAGAUUUCCGAAGACACUGCGAAUGUCCUCUGAUGUGAUCGCGUAGGGUGUUGGGAGGAUCCUGGAAAUCAUGAUAGAAAAACACAAAACCCGGUUCCACGCGGUGCUUUAGUGGCUAAAAGUGAAAGAGCUGCCUUGGCAGAAUUCAGCUCUAUGAAUCACUUCGGAAAAUUGGUUCGACUGAAUGGCCUUAGGAGGAAAAACGUUUUAAUAGGAUCCAGGGGAGGUUCUGCUGUUUCAAUCUGCUCCUUAAACAGGUGGAGAUUGGACCUUCUCAAUUAUACAAACAUGACUUCAUGUGAUGUCAGCUGAAUGUAAAAGACAGUGAUCUCACGCGGAGGGGAAGAUGUUUGCCAUCAAAAUGUGACAGAAGAGACACGCUGCAUGGCUCGGAACGCAUCUCCUUGGCGGUGGGGGAAAGAGACUUAGAGGAGAGAGGCUGUGCCCCGGCCCAGCCCGGCUCGGCUCGGCUCCGUGCGCCAUGGCCAGCUCGGCUUCCCUGGAGACCAUGGUGCCCCCGGCCUGUCCGCGCGCCGGAGCGUCGCCGGCCACCUCCAAGACGCUGGCCUUCUCCAUCGAGCGCAUCAUGGCCAAGACGUCGGAACCCCGCGCGCCCUUGGAGCCCCGGCCUGGGGCACUGGAGGCGGACGGCAGCCAGAGCAAGAAACUGCUCAACCUCUGCUCGCCGCUGCCCUGUAUGAUCCCCCUCCAGCCCCUAGGCUACGAGGUGCCGUCCAAGACACUGCUCAGUUACUCUGAGCUCUGGAAAAGCAGCCUCCGGGCGGGCGGCGGUGGAGGAGGAGGAGGCGGCGGCGGCGGCGGGGGGGCCCCAGUGUGCGGCGCCAGCGGCUUGUGCAAAACCAACUGUGGCGUGUGCUGCAAGGCCGAGCUGGGCCUUGCACCGUCUGCACUGCCCGCGGGCAGAGUCAUCAAGCCGCAGGUCAUCAACCAAGCCGUGGGGCUGCCGGCCAGCGGCUCGCUCUACUACUUCAACUACCUGGACUCGACCGCAUACCCACCUUCCGAGCUUCUCGGCGGCCACCUUUUCCCUUCUGGCCUCCUCAACGCGCAGGCUCCCACAGCUCUGGCUGCGCAUCCCAAGCUCUUUCUGCUGGAGAACGCCAAGCUGGCCGGCCUGGCUGCGGACAAGUUCCCCCAUCCAGCUCCCUAUCCCCAUAAGGAGCGCUUGCCCGCGCCGCUGGAACAGGUGCUGAAGGAGAACUCGGCCCUGACCGCUGAGCGCGGGGUCGUCAAGAGUCACAGCAAGUUACCCGGGGGCUCUGCAGACGGCAAGCCCAAAAACUUCACCUGUGAGGUGUGCGGCAAGGUGUUUAACGCUCACUAUAACCUCACCCGCCACAUGCCGGUCCACACCGGUGCCAGACCGUUCGUGUGCAAAGUCUGUGGCAAAGGCUUUCGCCAGGCCAGCACGCUCUGCAGACACAAAAUUAUCCACACCCAGGAAAAGCCGCAUAAAUGCAACCAGUGCGGCAAAGCCUUCAACCGCAGCUCUACGCUCAACACGCAUAUCCGCAUCCACGCGGGCUACAAGCCUUUCGUCUGCGAAUUUUGUGGCAAAGGCUUUCACCAAAAAGGGAACUACAAGAACCACAAGCUGACCCACAGCGGCGAGAAACAGUACAAAUGCACCAUCUGCAACAAGGCCUUCCACCAGGUCUACAAUCUGACCUUCCACAUGCACACCCACAAUGACAAGAAGCCUUUCACGUGCACCACUUGCGGCAAAGGUUUUUGCAGAAACUUUGACUUAAAGAAACACGUGCGCAAACUCCACGACAGCGUGGGCCCCACCGCCCCCUCCGCAAAGGACCUGACUAGGACAGUGCAGAGCUGAGAGCUACUGCCUUGUCCUCCCUUCCUGCCCUGUACCACCCCAAAAACAGAUCACACGUAUAAACUUAUUUCUAAAAUUAAAAGGAAAAAAAAAACUAUAGCAGAGAGGCUAAUAUCUAUUUAUCAAAACCAGCAUAUUUUUGGAAAGUUAAACGUUUCCUCGAUGACUGGCAGCAAACGCGUGGCUCCCACCUUUGUAUAUUCAGGAAAUUUAUUUAAAUCCAGUGCGCCGAAACGUAUUUAAUUCCAGGCCUCGGCUUCUCCUCGGGCAGCAGGUUUUUAACCUCAGCCUGUCACCGUGAGCGCCCCAGAAGAGCGCGGCGUUCCCAGCCAUCUUUAUACAGCCAUGUAAUUUCUCCUGUACAAGCGAACACGGAAUAUAUACACAUGUGACUCAAUAAACAGAA